UGUUUCCUAACACAUCUGUGAACGGAGCCACGUUCGUUAAUUAAACGGCUGUAGUCGGUGUAGGCCUCGGUCUGCGCCGAGCGGCGGCGGCGGAGGAGCGGCGCUACAUACCCACAACCACCAGGGUACGGAACUAACUCGAGGACGAGGAGGAGUCUGGAGAGACGGUGAGCAGUGAAAGCAAUGGGGUGGCAGAGUGGCUGUGCCCCCUCUGCCAAAAAGGCCAAACGGACAGAUCCUCCCUGUCUCUGCAUCUCACUGAGCAACACAGCGUACUUCCAUCUUGUGUCGACAGACUGCUGGACAUUUUUUCCUGCUUUUGGCAUAUGUCACCAUGAUUCUUCAGUUCUGAAGAACUGAAGAAGACUUUCGGAUGAGAGGCUGUUAUAAAACAGGGUGCCAGUGGAGGAGAAGACGACAGGGGUGCUCAAAAGUCUUCAGAUGCUGAAUCCUCUCAACUGAAGCACACUGAAGACAUCAGUUCAGACCCCUACCAAUCGAGCGAGACUUCAGACGCUACCCAGACGUUUGGAGACAAAGAGAUGGAAGAAGAGAGAUUAAUGGAACAGGAGGGAGGUGAAGCUGAACCUGAGCCUGAGGAGGAUGGAAAUCAACUCACAGGAGCCAAACAGCAAAAUGCAACUGAAAACGCAGAAAUUGCAGACGCCAGUGAAAAGUCGGUUGGUAAAAAUGGUGUGCCAGCUGAAAACAGCACACGGUCAUUCAGAUGCAAUGCCUGCCUAGAAAGUUUUCCCAGCAGAACUGCCUUGAGCGUUCAUUACAACUCUGCAUCCCACAUUCAGAGGAUGACAACAGGCUCUGCAAAACAAGGUGGGGAAAGCGAUCCCCAAACUCCCUCAGUUCCUGUCCUGUCUCGACCAUAUAUAUCAAACAAACCCUAUCAGUGUGCUAUAUGUCGAGUCUCUUACAAUCAUGCCAUCACUCUCGAGAGCCAUAUGAAAUCUGUCUUGCACCAGACCCGCAGCAGGAAUGCUGGAAUUGUUGCACAUGCUGCAAACAGUACAGUGGCCACUGCUGGUUUGGGAGGUAGCCCCCCCACUGCUCCACACGCUGUAGUGAGCACAUCUGGAAGUGGAUCCAGUCAGUUAGUAACCACCACCAAUUGUGCUGCUCCUGGGACGGUGAUGGUUACUGCUACAAAAGACGGAGAGCAGAUUCAAACUUCACAAGUGGCUCCCUCUCUCCUCACGUCCCCUGUGGCCUCAGCUCAGGCAGUCUCAGCCUUCCUCACCCUCCUCACAUCAAGUCCAAACCCCCUCUCUCACUCCCUCCACCACUCCCUGUUUGCGGCUGGUGCUGCUCCUGGUGCCCCUGCGCAUCAGCUUGUGCCUCAGCCUCAAAUGGUCAUGCCCUUGAUCUUGAACGGGCUGCAAGCCCAAAACCAGCAGCACCAAGAGAACCAGCAGGGCCAGCUCCUUACCCAGUGUGUGCCAUUCGUAGGUCUCAGCACAGCCCAGCAAGCCCUCCUAACCCAAAGACUUAACAGCUUACCGAGCCAGUGGCCCUCUGUGGGAGUUCCAACAAACAUACAGGCCUGCCCGGAAGAGCAAAAACAAACUAUAAAGUGUGAGAGAGAACAAGAGAGGCAGGACAGUGAGGAGAGAGAGGAGAAUGUCUCGGCUCAGAUCAAGGACAGGGAUAACAGGACGACAGAGAACAUUAAGACAGAGAAACUUAAGGAAGGGGACAUGAAAGAAUUUGCACAGUGCCCUAAUAUAGAAAGCAAAGUGAAGGCUGAGAAUAAUGAAGACAGUGGGAGGGCACAUAGAGAUAGCACAACAGAUGGAGACCGCUCAACUAAUCAGUUGGACCUGGAAGGUGAUAAAGCAGCUAGCCUGAAUCUCUCCCCAGCAGGCACAGAGAAGAGCCUCCGCAAUAACAACCUCUCACCUUCUGCAUCAGUGCCCAGUAACUCAACCCUCAGUCCUGUAAAUUUAAACCUUACACUUAGCCCUGAUUCUACUCCUCAAAAAUCACAAUCGGGCACUAGCCCUUGUGGCUCUCUUGGCACCCCAAAAUCCAGCCCGAGUACAAAUGCCUUAACUAACAAACAACCUCGAUCCCAUUGUAACACAACGGGAUCCAUUUAUCCAGACCUUCCAGUGCUGUCAGAGUUCCAGUCCGAGGUUCUCUGGGCAUUCUUUGAGUCACGUAGUGAAGCUGAUGCUGCAAGUCCUCCCCAUGAAGACUGUGAGGCACUGGGCAGAGAGGUCGGGCUUUCUGAGGAAGAGGUACGUAGGUGGCUGAGCCAAGCCCGACAUGCCAAACAGAGGCAGAGGGCGACAGAGUUAGACCACCUGCAAGGCUUGGCAGGAUUUACAAGGCAUGCCCGAAAUUCUGACAAUGACUAUGAUGACGAGGAAAGCUCACUGAUUAUAGCAGAAGGUGAGGAUGAUGCUGAAGCUUCAGGGAGUCAGGCAAUAGAUUUGUCUAGUACAAGAGGGAAACGCAGACAGAGAAUUUUGGGAAGGGAGGGUCAGGGAGAUUUCUGUCUCACUUCUGACUCAGAAAAUGAGGUCUACACCUCUGUCAUUGUGUCUGAUGAGGAAAGUCAGAACGGGUCAUUGAGGGAGGGUCCUGAGAGCCCUGCUAAAGGUGAAACACAGCGGGAGGUCCAUGGUGAUAAGGGGUCGGUUGGAGGAAAGGUACUGCGCUCCACAACUGUGUUUCUCUCUGAUGCAGAGGAUGAGUAUGAAGAUGAGGAGGCUGGAGGGGGUCAGAAGGCCAAAAAGAAAAAACGAAAGGGGGAGUUUGAGCGUGAUGAAGUUGAAGUGAAGAAGGAGAGACCGGACCCAGAUGUGGAUCUAGAAUUGGAGGCCCAAGGGGAUCCUCCAAGUUCACACUCCCACUCAAUGGACCAUCCUGAGAUUCCAACCAGUGCACUUCACUCACUUCCCUUGUCCCUCACUCACUUUUCUACUCAGUUCCUUAGCCCCUAUGUCCUCUCUCUUACUCCCUCAGUGAUUGGAGAUGGGAACAAAGUACCAGUCUUCCCUAAUCCACCAACCAUCACACGCUUCUCCAGCUCUCUUCUCUCACAGUCUCUCUCUUCCCACAACCAAACUUCUCACUACCUGUCCAAUGGUGGAGACUGUGAGUCUGCUCUGGACCUCAGCAUGGGAAAAAACAGCUCAAAAUCUGCCUAUUCCUCAUCACUUCUGGCUGAUAAAAUUGCAGCACAGAAAGGGCAGUUGCUGGAUGGGCUCGGCCUGAGGCCUACAUCCAAAGGUCUGGUAGUCGUCCAGGUUAAGCCCGAAUCUGUUACUGCCAUGCCCUCCUCCAACAGCAGUACGAGUCUUGUCAACUGCAAUAACAUGACAAAGUCCAGUAUUUACAUGAGGGCAGCAGAGAAAAUGAAUACUACAUUAUUGGAAAGAGAACGAGAAAAGGAGAGAGAGAUGGAAAAGGAGAGAGAACAAGAGCAGCAGCAGAGGAAGUCCAAAGGUAAAAGGUAUCGAGACAUGCGACGUUCGCGCACCAUCAUUCAAGCUGAACAACUUGACAUUCUGUAUGGCUGCUAUUUCAAAGAUCCAAAUCCUGGGAAACACGAGUUUGAACAGAUUUCAGAGUGGGUCCACCUUCCCAAGAAGGUUGUUCAGAUUUGGUUCCAGAACAUGAGGGCAAGGGAACGAAAGGGUGAGGUCAGAUUUAUCAGCGAUGGCACCCUGGCAGCAGUUGGAAAACCUCUCAUCAAAUUUACCUGGCCUCUUUCCAAACCCAUAUUCUCCAACAAGCCAGCUCCAAACAAUACUGGGUGCAUUACAACUACUCCAAUUGUGCGCACCCUCAUGAAGACUGAGAGGGAGCCUGUAAAAGAGCUGGGCAAACCAGCCGUGGUGAAAAAAAUAACACCAGUUCCUAUCAAGCCUAAGGAAGUUAUUUCCUCUACUGCAGUCUCUCCUGUGAGCAGCAGUGCCUCUGCAGUGCCAAAGACCAAGCUCGAAACCACCAGCAACGUCACUAUGGUCAAAGUUGCCCCCAAAGUCAACACCCCUGUCCUUUUACCUCCGCCCAAGGAUCCAAUCCCCAUUGCUCCACGACCAACCCAGAAACGAAAACUAGAAGAGGAGAGCGAGGAAGAAAAGACUGAUGAAGAGAGAGACAAUGAAAAUGAGUUGGGUCCUGGACCAGGGACCACUAACCGCAUGGUGCCCAAGCUGCCCACAACUCCCAUCAACAACAGGCCUCCUGCCACAACAGUGGUGCCACAAAAACAGAAUGGGCUUAACUACUGGAUUCCCAAAGUCCCCAUUAAGAUCAACACUCUAUCAAGAGAACAACUGGCUCUUCCCACACACACGCCUCCUCGUACCAUCCCCCCUCCUCCCACCCCUAGCAUUGCCCCAGUUAGCCCGAAUACCACCAGCUCAGCCAAAGUGGCCAGCCCCGCCACUCCGGUCGUGGCUAAAUCAAGUCCGACUGAAAGCAGCUUUCUGCCCCACUCAUCCAGCCGUAGGCCACGCACACACUUGUCCUGCCUACAGCUGUCCAUUCUGCAGUCCUGUUACGAGACCUGUGCACACCCUAAUGCCAUGGAGUGUGAGGCGAUUGGCACCGAGCUCAACCUACCGCUCAAGGUGGUGCAGAUUUGGUUCCAAAACACCAGAGCCAAAGAGAAGCGCUGGAGGUUGCAGCAAGAAAAAAUGUCUCCUCUGUCAGGUGGAAAGGUGGACAUGAGCUCAGGAAGCUACUUGCAGUACAACGCUCUUAAAGCCAAUCGUCCCAUCUUGCCCAAACCUGUUCAGCUGACAGUUACUGAACCUCCAGCUUCCCCAGUGGCUGGCCAGCCAGUGCCAAAGGAGACCCUGACAGGCCGCUGCGAUGCCUGCAACGUCUCCUUUGAAUCCCGGGCUGCAGCGAGGGCCCAUGUCUUCUCUCCACGUCAUCUGGCAACCCUGAGAACCACUAACUUUGGCCAGCCGACAACGCUUGUCAACAAGAACGGCACCGGUAACGGUGGACCUGGCAGUUCUGUGCCGGUCUCGCAGGUCUCUCAUUCCACUCCAGUAACUAGUUCUGGUGCUGGUCCUGGAGGGGAGAUCGUUAUUGAGUCGCCUUCACCAACGGCCACCAGCAACAGUUAAAGACUCAGAUCAGGAUUGGUCUGCACACUGACUAUUGUUGGACCCAUUUGGGCUCCUCAGAUUUUAAUAAACAAAUUUGAGCACUAAUCCUCAAAAGCUAAUAUUGUUUAGUUUUUGAAGUAUGCUCCCCCUGCACCCGCUAUCCUACGCUCAACCUUCACUGACUCGAAAUCCGUUAAUCUGUAGAGUUCACCUGGAAUCCAACUCAACAGCAGACUAUUUCGACGCUGCUUCUCACUUAAUCAGCUGCUGCCUGAUAAGUGAUGAACACACACCUUUUAUCCAAACAUUUUUGGUCCUAACCCUGUGGUUAUAUAAUACCUUACUUCAGUGACCUUCCUAUAAUUUGUAAAGGCACUCAGCUUGCCAUGCUCGAACUGUCCUACCCUAACGACUGAUGCAAAAGUGUUUCUUCUUUGGAAGUGGCCAUUUGACACUGGGCCCAGAAACACUUUUUGGAAUAAUAACAUGAAAUACUCACGUUAAUAACUCCCAGUUUGCUCCUGUGGAAAUGUUUUCUUAUCCCUCCUUUCACUUCUAGAGCAAAGAUUGCUUGGGUAAAACAUGACUGGACUGAACUUUUGGGAGAGGAAGAACUGGUAUUGACUGUCACCUUUUAAUUUGCUAUGGGAGUGUGAUCUGAAGUGUGUUGUCUUCUCACUUGGGAUAUAAAAAGAGGUACUUCAGAGAGAAUAGGGCUGUUGAAUUGUCCCCAUUUACAUGUUCAUAGUUUUCACGACAAUCCAAAUAGACAGGGCAAAAAGAGGCUGAGGAACGUAGAAUCCUGGCAUACCGCACUUUGACACAUUUUACAUUGUUUGAAAUGUUUUUUUUUUAAGCAUUCUAAUGCAAGUGUCUUUUUAUCGAGAGAUACAUUAAUGCAUGUUGGAUGCCUUAAUAUAAAUCACGUGAAAUAAAUUUUUUUUUUUUUUUUUUUUUGGCUAGUCUAACAAAACAUGCUUUAGGAGUGACCAUAAUAUUAUGGAAGAGGCAGACCUGGGGCGACAUGGAAAAGAGCUCUGUUCCAAAAUGCUUUUUGUAUACAUUUCUGAGGGAAACUCUCUGAAUGUCAUAUUCUUCAUCUAGCACGUAACAAAUCCUGCCCGAAAAGUUCUCAUCAUUCUCAUGGCCAAGGACUAUAAUUACCAACUAUCUUGCUUUCACAUCAGAUUUCUUUUGAUCCUGUGGGUUUCACUUUCCACUCAAAUGUGUAUAUCUCAUGUUGGAAUCCAGCUCUUCAAACCUGUUGAAAGAUAAAUGUUUUGACCUACCUAAGGUGUGUUAGAAAUAUGACAGCCUUAAGAGGAAACACCACAAGGUAUAUCAAUUCAACCCUAGGUGAUCCUCGUAUGUUAGUGAAUUAAUUUCGUCCACAUCUAGCAGCAGGCUCAGACUGGUUGCAUAAAUUUUACUGUUUUGUUUGCCAUGAAUACUGAUCAUAAGACAGGAAAGUUAAGGUCUCAUUUUACUCACAAAAGUAUUUAUACAAAUGACAAUACAAGCAAUUAAAAACUGGUGUAACAGAUUUUUUUUAUUUAGGUCAAAACCAAUCCUCUAUAAUUAAGAGAAGGUGGCUUGAAAUUGGCUUUUUCUCGUACUCUUUCUGUCUCCACGUUUUGUUCAGUUUUUCAGAGCUACUAAUUCUGGUAAUGUACAUGCUGUGAAAUGAAAUCUGACACCUGGAAACCGUGACAAGGGAGAAAGUUGGGUAUUAUCAGUAUCCUUAAGGGACUAAUGGAUACUUCAAUCUAGGAAGCAAAUUGGGAAACAUUAAAUGUGUUGACUGAGAGCUAAUAAGAUGGUGCUGUGUUGAAGGACACAUAACAUACUAAAGAUGUUUUCCUUCAGUUUAAGUUGUAUAUUAAUGUUACUAUUGAUAGUUUUAACAAAAUGCAAAACUAAAACAUGAACUUUUGUAAAGAAAUAUAUUAAAAAUAACUGAUAUUCCAAA